UUUUAUGGAUGCAUUCAUUGCUUUCUCAGCCUUCAUGUUUGCCAUUGGCAAGAGUGCUCAAUGCCUUAAUCGCUUCUAAUAAGCUGUGACAGCAUCGCCAUAAUUAUUAGUGUAUCUUGAAGUAUUCAGAGUUUUUUAACUUUUCUGCUGUGUUGAUUUUCGGCCAUUUUCCAACUGGCGCAGCUGGCGCGAAGUCAUGCGCCACCCCCUUCAAAAAAGCUAAAGACGGGCCUGGCUGUGUACGGGUAAUACUUGAGUACGAGUACUACAAAUGGCUUUUUAGUGUUCCGCGAAAAUACUUAAGAUUUUUUAAGAACUCCAUUUCACUUCCAUUUGACACCCUCUUACCAAGGCCGCAAGAAGAAAUUGUGGACAUGCUAGAAACAAUGCCUCCAUAUCAGGCGUUGUUGGCGGACGCCAACCAAAUGAACUAUCAUAACAGUGUUGCUGUUCGGAUGCCUGACGACACUUGGCUGUUGGGAUACAUUCAGGACAUCGACGGCAACCACGCCUUCAUACAUUUCAGCUCCACAACAUUCGAAGCUCGCUGGAUGCACAUGCAAAACGUCUGGCCUCUCCCAUCGUACUGGGAAAGCGAGCUUCCUGUAGAACGUCGAAUAUUUGCGGCACUGCGCGAUGAAGUUGACGGACCGUUUCGUUUUCGACCGGCUGUUUUGUUACAGACAUUAGAUGGUUAUCAAAUGUUCUGCAUCGAAACUGACAUUUCCGAAGCUGAUGCUUCUGCUCACAAAGCUGGUUUUGAGCUGGUCCAUCUGCGCCAAGUGGCUAGUGCGCUACCACCCACCGGUCCAUGCUUGCUGGAAUGCCGCAGCGGUUUGCUGUAUACCAAAUACUUUAUCCCGUUUGGCCAAGCGAGGAUCGUUCUCAGCGAGCCUGCUGAUAAAUUUCGCAUCAUCAAGCACGUUUAUGACGCCAUAGAAGCUAAAUUGAAAUCAGGACGGGAAAAUCUGCCGGACUGCUGCCGGUUUCACCUGCGCAUCCAAUCUGAGGGUUGCCUGUUUGUCUUCGUCAGCCUCCCUACAGACGCGCAACAGACUCAGUGGAUGGAAGAAAUAUUGCCGAAAAUCCUGGAAACACAUCUGACCAGCCGCCCCUAUCUACUACCUGUCGAUAAUCUAGCAUUCCCAGCACAUGAGAAUAUCCCUCGCGAAGCCGAUCUCGAUGUUGAUGCAUUAAUGUUGACUGCCUGCAUCCAGGAUUUGACGCUUUCACUGCUGAGCGACAUAUUAUCGCAUUUGGAUCUACAUUCACAAAUGAAAGCCAAACGAGCGUGUGCCUUAUGGCAUUUGUUGCUAAGCAACCCUCGGAUGAUGGAACACGUCAGCAUCUCCUUCGAAAGCUGCUGGCAACUCAAAGCCGAUGGUGCUAAGUGCUUCCUCAAAAGAGACUCCGAUAACUGCUUCAAAGCGGCCUCUUUACUAAGCCGCUGCAUCAAUUCCACGACAGUUAGUCUGACCCUAUUGAAGGUCUUCCCGCCUGACCAUGCAGCUUUAUUGUAUCCUAUGCUACGUACGAUGAAAAUCACGUUGCCUUUGCUUGUUCUCAAAGAUCACAUUAACGUCAAACCUGUGGGACUUUCUCAACAAAAACAGUCGCGUUUGAAGCACGGAGCAGCGAUUGAUUUAACAUUAUAUAAACACACUUGCAACUCCGUCUUGCUGCACAACUGGAAAAUUUCUGACCUUUUCGGUAGACAAAUGUAUGAUGUCUUUGUGAGUAAUUUCUACUAUGAGCGACAUUCCGGCGUGGGAGCGAUUCCUUGUCGCCUGCCGGCGCACGAGCGGGAGUGGAUGGUGAGUCUCACACGCCACGCGCACGAACUGGCCAUUGACAAACUGCAGAUCACUAUUCCGAAGCUGCAUAUACACUGCAGCGAAGGCAGAUUCCAUAUGACACGCCGCUUGAUGCGCGCGCUGGACGACAACUUCCCGCCGGUCACACAGGACAUGCUAGCAAAGGUCGGGGCAGUCCGUGCGCGCUGGAUUCGUACCCUGAGCUAUCCUGAUGACUGGCAGAGCAUUCGCAAUUACCUCCUGCUGUUCAGCGGAUUUCACUCGGACGGAACACCGAAGGUAUGGGACGAGGUUGAUCUACGGUGUGUGCAUCUAUCCACAUGGAGCAAAAUGGCCAUAUACGGGAUAAACGAGGUGUUCCGAGUAUGAAAAAACAUGACCGCAUGAUGAUCAACGCUGAUCCCAUUCAGCAAGCUAUCGUGACACUGCGAGAGUAAUGCCAGCAUCGAAAGAUCUCCUGUGACAGGAGAAGUACACGUACAUCACAUCGAAAUUCAUCUGGCAUUUGUCUGUCACUGCCUACCUUACGAAUGUUUAUAAGUAGCAGGACACUUAGUGUCCUGAGGAACCAUUUUCGAUAAAUUUGUCGUUGUGUCUUCCUGUUCUUUCUUUGUGAAUUCUCAGCCGACCGUUGGGUCUCUUCAUUCCUUCGCUUGCUUCUUAUUUUCUGCAUGCUUCCCAACUUUUAAAUUUCCAGAUGCUUGAAUUUUAGUUGAAUCUUUUAAUAAUAACUUAUUAUCAAGAAGUGCUGUCACAGCCCUUACGCUUUUGUUGAUUUUAUGGCUUUGCUCGACUGCGCAAUCGAGAUUACUCCAGGACAGUUAUGAAAGGCUAUCCUGCCUGGAAAAUCUUUUUACGGGACGUGGUACUAUGUGCACGAAUCUGCCAAUAUUGCUUACUGGCGCUAAUCUCUGUAAAAGGCUGGAACGAAUACCACCACACAUUUAUCUGUGUAAAAGGUCAUCUAUUAAAUUUUGCUAUCAGGGUUAUCAAAAACCCUGUUUUUAAAAGCGAUGAGUUGCAACGAUCUGUUCCUUUUGUUUUUGGUUUUGUGGAUUUAAACCAUUUUAAGAAGGUGAAACCGUUUAAUAAUA